AAAACAUUAACUAACAGUGCUUUGUUUAUACGCUGUGGAUUCAUAAACUAUUUUCCAAAAUGUAUUCGAUAAUGUUUGUCUUCUUGUUUUCAAGCAGAAUCUUAAAAGGUGUUUCCAGUGUAUGUCCCGAAGUCCAUGGCCAUGCAGUUGUAUCACGGUCUUUGGUCGAUAGCGGCAGCAUCACCGGAGUAAAUGUGGGUAACCCCAUUGCCUGUGAUGGAUACAUUAAAGGCUGGCGAUUUUUUCCAACGACAAGUGCUCAGCUCAUAGUGUUUGUUUUUCGCGAGGCUAUCGCAGGAAAAUAUGACGUCGUAAGUCGAACCGUUGUUCCAGCACAAGAUUAUUUGAAUGAAGUACGAGAGUAUCAUAUCAAUAAAGCGGACUGGAUUCCAGUGUUUCAAGGCGUAUUCAUUGGCUUCCACCACAGUGGCAACCUUAUUGGAUAUGAUGAAGAUGUAGGUGUCGAUACGAGUGAAUAUCUUCUCGAUGGAAGUGUACUACCAGAUAACCUCAUAUCAGGCUACACCUUUCAAAUUUCUUCUGGUACCGAAUGGCGUACGUAUUCUUUCCAAGCAAUACUUGCAGAUUUGGAGACGCCUAAUUUUCAACUGAUUCGAUACUUGAUGAAUCCUAAUUAUUCAAAUAGUGGUACCGUGACUGAUAGAAUACGGAUGAAUUUUUGUGAUGCAUUCAGGAAUUCAGGUAUUAUAAACGGAUGGCGAUUUGUUGCUUCUAGAGCUGGAGAUCUUAUCGUCUUUGUGUUUCGAGCAAGUGACGUAAAGACCAAUACCUACGAAGUAGUAGGCAAAACGCUGAUACAGGUGACGUCAGCGGAGAUUGAUUUAGAGGUGCAGCGUCCGCUUAAAUACUCAGAACAGAUAGCUUUUCUGCCUGGCGAUAGGAUUGGCCUUGCAAACAUUGACAGCGUAUUGAAAUUCAAAAAUAUAGUGUUCAGUAUGAACUUUCAGACUUUAAAAUCAGAUACAAGACAAGAUAUCCGGAGUAUUGAUGUGGGAUCACUAGUUGCGUUUACAUCUAGUCAGUACAGAUAUUAUUAUCUGGAAGCUGUAACUAGAAGAAAAUAUGGUUAGUACAUAAAUUUAAUAAAUACAUUUGAUUUUACUUGCAACU